AGUUGUGUACAGAGGGAGAAGGGGACUGAUUGCUAGCUAACGAUUAAAGAAACGGGGUUGAACGUGGAAACAUUUCACACGAUGGGCUUCCUUUCCUAAAAGCGUACAUUGGAUACCUGUUUGUGACGAAGAGGCCUGGACCGGCCGUUUUCAAACAGAACCAACAUACAUUUACGCUUGUAUUGUAGCUAACCAUCGCGCCGUGUAGCCACAGCACAACACAGCAGCGCCAGUCGGAGCCCGUCUCCAAAACAAGAAUGGGUUCUAGGUCCACAGCACGGUUUAGGUAAAGUGACCUUUGGUUGUGUUUUCUAAAUGGCAAAUUUCACGAAUUACCAAGAAAGCAAAGCGGCUAUGUUGUUAGUGGAGACGCAACAGAGGGCCAUCGGGACGAAACCAGCUGCAGCCAAUGAUGGAGACACCUCGAUCGGGGAACCCCCUUCCCCGUUAUUGAAUAUCGGUGGUGUCGGGGCCAGCGGAGCUCGUUUCCAUCAGCACUUGCCGCCCUCCAGCCACCACCACUACCCCCAGAGCUCGCUGCCCAAAGGACAACAACACCCGCUGUCGCACCACUACCAGGCGGCGACGGAGCAUCAUCUCUCUGUUGAAAACAUCACGGAGUCCCCGGUAAGGAAAGCCUCGUCAUCGUCUUUGAACCUGGUACAGCAGGACCCCGCUGCUAGCCACCACGCACUCGCUGCGUCGGUAAACGCGGCGUCGGCCGCGAUACAACUAGCCGCGAAUGCUAAUGUUAGCGUGGCUACCUCAGAAGGUGUAGUGGACGACAUUCAGAAGUGUGGCUAUCUGCGGAAACAGAAACACGGCCACAAGAGGUUUUUCGUGCUGAGGGCGGCAAGCCACCUAGGCCUCAGUCGGUUGGAGUACUAUGACAGCGAGAAAAAAUUCCGUAACAGUCUGCGGUCUGCUGCUGCGGCAGCUGCAAACGGUACGGUCGCCCCUUCUCCCCCGAAAAGGGUGAUCUAUCUGUAUCAGUGCUUCACUGUCAACAAACGAGCAGAUUCCAAAAACAAACACCUCAUAGCCCUCUACACUAAGGAUGAAUACUUUGCUAUUGUAGCUGAAAACGAGCAGGAACAAGAUGACUGGUAUGUAGCGCUGAGUGAACUGAUGAGUGAGGGGAAAAAGGGGCAUCUAGACUCGGACGAGUUGGAUGAUGGCUACGGUACCGUCACACCAGGUACGGUUUUCAAAGAGGUGUGGCAGGUGAACGUGAAACCCAAAGGGCUGGGUCAGACCAAGAACCUCACAGGUGUGUAUCGUUUAUGCCUCUCUACUAAAACUAUCCACCUGGUCAAACUAAACUCUGAGACGCCAUGUGUCAACCUUCAGCUGAUGAACAUCAGACGCUGUGGACACUCAGAAAGCUUCUUCUUCAUGGAGGUGGGUCGGUCAUCCUCUAUAGGCCCUGGGGAGAUAUGGAUGCAGGUAGAUGACUCUGUAGUGGCCCAGAACAUGCAUGAGACCAUCCUGGAGACCAUGAAGGCUCUGAAGGCCUUUGCUGAGAUCCGCCCCAGGAGCAAGAGCCAAUCUUCUGGCUCCAACCCCAUCGCUUUUAUCACCACCCGCCGUCACCUAGGUAACCUGCCUCCGAGCCAGACAGGUCUCCAGCGCCGCUCCAGGACUGAGUCGGUGGUUGGGACGCCGCCGUCGAGUAAGAGCUCUGGCGCCAGCGGCUAUCGCUUCCGAACAUCGAGCGAGGGUGAGGGGACGAUGAACCGGCCAUUCCGAUCCGUUACUGGCAGCCUGAUCCACCUGAACACUGCCCGGAUACACCUGGGGCGCCAGGAGGGCGGGGUAGGGGCAGGGAAUACCGGGAGCACCGGGGUUGUAGGGCGCUACGCCAGGGCACUACCAGGGUCCACCUACCACGCCCGCUCCGCCUCGCUCCCCGUCUCCCACUUUCCCUCCACCACCUCCCCCGUCAGCGUGUCCAGCAGCAGCGGGCAUGGCUCUGUCUCCGAUACCCUUACCCGGCCCUCCUCAGCGUCCAUCUGCGGUUCCCCCUCGGACGGAGGCUUCAACUCCUCAGACGAGUACGGCUCCAGCCCUGGGGACUUCCGCUACUUCAGGGUCCGGAGCAACACUCCUGAUUCCCUUGGCAACACCCCACCAAUCAGAGAAGAGAACUGCAUGAGCGACUACAUGGCCAUGGGCUGGCACCGUGAGGUGUUUGGAGCCGCCAGCGGUGGAGGGAGUAGCUCUGGCAGUGCGGAGACGCCCAACCGGGACGAGAGCACGUCGACGGAUGAUGACAGGUCCCUGAGGAGACGUACCCACUCGUUCACGCGGCCCGGGGGUCAGGGGGCUGUUGCCGGCGGCAGCAGUGGUGUGACGGUGUACCAGAAGAUGACCCAGACCACCUUCUCGCUGGACGAGUCGGUGUCCGUGGGAGAGGCCCUGUCUCUCGGCCGCACUGACAGCAUCACCCAGCCUUCCUCCUCUUCUUCUUCCCUCCGCUCUGACUACAGCUCCUGCUCAGAGCACAGCCAGGGCCGACCCCCUCCUUUUUCGGCCAAGGAGGACAGCGGCUACAUGCCCAUGUUGUGUGGGGUGGCAGCCUCACCCUGUGAUGCACCGGACUACAUGCCUAUGCAACCCAGCUCCCCCUCUCUUCACCACCACCAUCCCCAGCACUCCCACUCUCCCCAGGCCCCCCGCCUAGCCCAACAGCCCACAGACCCCCGUGGCUACAUGAUGAUGCUACCAGGGGGGCGGAACUCCUCUUCCCCAGUCCAGGCCUCCCCCAGCUCCCACAGCAGUAGCAGUAACAUGGGUCUGGGUGGAGGUAGUGUCAGUAGUUCUGGUAGUAUAGUGGAGCGGCCCGAGAAUGGAGAGUACAUGGACAUGUCGUACAGCAGUAGCGGAGGAGGUGGAGGGGACGCGGCAGGGGGACGGAAGUUCUCCAACGAGGGGGGAUACUACGCACUGAGCAACCCUGAAGGGAGAGACCCCAAAUCAUACAACUACAGCCCCUACUUCUCCCUGCCUCGCUCCUACAAGGCCCCCGCUGCGAGAGAGAGGGAACAGAGAGAGAGGGAACAGAGAGAGAGGGAACAGAGAGAGAGGGAACAGAGAGAGAGGGAACAGAGAGAGAGGGAACAGAGAGAGAGGGAACCGAGAGCGCGUGAUGAGUAUGUACCCAUGAGCUCCCCGGCAAAACCAGUCUACUCCCAGGUUGCGACCGCCAACGUCGGCGAGAGGGGCGUGACGACGAGGGGUGUUGGUAGUGGGGGGUCUGACACCCCUCACAUCCUCCCUCACGGCUACCCGCCCCCUCCCUACGGGGUGCACCACCAAGCGGCUAACGGUGACCGUCGGACGACCCCGGUCCGGCCCAACCGCCUCCCCCUAGGGCGCCGCAGCUUCCACGGGUCACUGAGGGUCAGCGAGCCGGACGCCGCCGAGGUACUCUCCAGCCCUGGAGAGUACAUCAACAUCGAGUUUGGGGGCCGCUACGGACCCCCAACGGCCUGCCCCCUCUCUGCCCAGGAUGGCUCACCCUCGGUGGGCUCUGCUGAGCAGCGCCACUCCCCUCCCCACCCCUAUCCUCAGAACCAGGACUAUAUGAGUGUAGAGGUGGGGGUUGGAGGUGGGGGUGAUGAUGGAGGACGCCUGGCUAAGAACAAGUCUCCCAGACCCUCACUGGUGGCUCCCUGGAACCCACCCAGCUACAUCCGACCUCUUGCCGCUGGGGCCUCCGUGAGUGGGGCCCCUGGUUCUUCUGGAGCACGAUUGUGGACGGGGACAGAUGACUACACAGAUAUGACCUUUAACCUCAGCAGUGGUGAGGAGUCGCGGGGGUUACGGAGUAGUCCCACGGCCAUGCUGCAGCACCUGUGUUUGAUGGAGAGCUGCUACCCCCCCACCUUAACCCCCACUUCUGCCUCCCCUCCCUCCUCCAGCCCCCAGCUUGAGCCCAUCAAGGUGGUACGUGCGGACCCCCAGGGGCGACGCCGACACAGCUCCGAAACGUUUUCCUCAUCCUCCACCUCCGGAGGAGUCGGAGCCACAAGCUCCAGCCCCAACCCCAACCCCUCCUCGGGCUCAGCCAACCCCUCGGCCCUCAACGUAGCUCAUCUGGCCGAGAGCUCCAAGUGGACCGGCUCUGGCUCCUUUGACAGUGUGUGGAUGUGUGUUGAGGGGGUAGGGGGGGACUCGGCCGGUCUCCCUGCCCGUCCAGGGCCUUCUGAUCUGGGCAUUGCCUCAGCCUCAUCUGUGUGUCCUCCUGGGGGUCGGAUGUGCAGGAACAUGUCUGUGGGGUAUCAGAACGGACUCAACUACAUCGCCCUGGAGCUGAGAGAGGACCGGGACUCUAACCCUCUACCCGUACCGCAGCAGCAGGGAGGCACCGGGCAUGGUACCGGGGUGACCCCCAACGCCCCCCAAGCCAGUAACCUGACUGUGCCAGUAGCAGAGGACAACGGAGCCUAUGGCAGUAUAGACUUAAUCAAGUCAGACAGGAUGACUGCCACGUCCAAGGACUGAUGGAGGAAGCUGAGAAGGGAGCAUCAGACUCCCUCUACCGUGGCCUUCAACACCCCCACACCACACUUUGAUCUUCAACCUCUCAACCUCGACCCCAAGGACUCCAGCCCACGAGGUCACGCCCCCUCUGAACAACAACAACCGCAACAUCACCAAGACGACAGAAAACGAAGACUGAAUUUUUGUUUAAUAAUUUCAUUUUUUUUGCAAUCUUUUUUUAUUUUUGAUAUAUCAAAAAAAAAAAGUCCUUCUCAGACCUUGUUCUGAGGCUGCUGUCAAUGUUAAUGGACUUUAGUUCUGUCUUUCUUUCUGAUCUAACAGUACGAAAAGGGAGCUUCGCUUAAACACUUGAGUAUGGCUGUAUAACAACAAUAAGUCCUAGAGACGGGGUGCAGACUGGUCAGUACAGAUUUCUCUUCAGACUUCAAUGCACACUACUAUAUUUAUUGCCACAAUCGGUUUCAGGUGCGUUCAUUAUGUUAACAGGAUUGUAUUGAGUAUUUUUGUACAGCUAACAUGGAACGGUACUGGACUCAACGAUGGUCCCAGUUUUCCUGAUGAAAAAUAUUUUACGUAAAAGAAGCAGGUACUUUAUUUCCACAUAAGGCCCUUAUUAACACACACACACGUCAGUGUGUCCUGUUGAGGCUAGGCGACACCCGCUGUUUCUGUGACUCCACUAGUCAGUCAGUAGAGCUGCUGGGUCACACACACACACACACACACACACACACACACACACACACACACACAGGGGGCUGGAUGUUGUCAGGGGUUCCAGUAACCUGACUCUACCCCCAAGGUGCUGGGCAUACUUGCCCCUCUGUGCAACACACACACACACUCAAUACACAUGGACACACUUACACACACGGACUUACACACUCAAUACACACACGGACACACACACACACACACUUACACACUCAAUACACACACGGACACACACACACACAUACACACACACACUUACACACUCAAUACACACACGGACACACACACAUACAUACACACACACUUACACACACGGACACACACGCAUAUACACGGACACACACACACAUACACACUCAAUACACACACGGACACAUACACACGGACACACACACACAUACACACGGACACAUACACACGGACACACACACACUUACACACUCAAUACACACACGGACACACACACACAUACACACGGACACACACACACGGACACACUCAAUACACACGCAUACACCCACUUACACACACGGACACACACUCAAUACACACACGGACACACACAUGGACACACACUCAACACACACACACACUCACAGACGGACACAUACACACGGACACACACACACAUACACACGGACACAUACACACGGACACACACACACACACACACGGACACACACACACGGACACACAAUACACACACAUACACACGCAUACACACACUUACACACACUCAAUACACACACGGACACACACUCAAUACACACACGGACACACACAUGGACACACACUCAACACACACACACACUCACAGACACACUCAAUACACACACGGACACAUACACACGGACACACACACACAUACACACGGACACACACACACAUACACACACACACGGACACACGC